CCGCCCGCCUGCCGGCUCCCGCGCCCCGCGCCCCGCCCGCGGCCGCCACUCGGCCCUGCCGGCUCACCCUAGCUUGACUCCCCGCGAGGGCUGUGGGGAGGGGGCGAGGAGGAGGAGCCGAGGAGGAGCGACGGGAGGAAGGAUCAGAAAAUGCUGUGUUGAGAGGCACCGCAGAGGUCAACUGGACCACCUCCCUUAGAUCUCCCUGAGGUUGUAGAUGGAGAAACUGAGGCUUCAAGGCAUGAGCUGCUUUCCCAAAGUCAUACAAAUGUUAAGUGCAGAAGUAGGAUCUGAAUUCCAGCAGUCUUACUCCAGCAACCAUACUGUGGAAGCCGGCGAUGCCUCCUUAAGCCCUGUCUGGGCUUGGAGAGGAUGUCCUCCCUGAUGGACCAGAGCAUGCCAGCCCCUGUGGCUGGUGUGGUAUUCUUACAGACUGUCUGGCAAGUUUUGCUUGCUCUGGUUUCUCACUAAAACAACCUUUGGAUUUGGCUUCCCAUGCGACUCACAUACAGGAAAAGAGGGCCAUGACCUGCCAACAUGCCAGCUGUAUUUUUCACUAGUAACUUAAUAAACUGGCUGCCUGGGUUCACAUACGUAUCUGUUUCUGAGAGCUUGGUUAAGGUGAGCCCACCCCAGAGCUGAAGCCCACCAUGUGCCAACUUAAUUGAGAUUCUGGGCAUGCAAGCGUAGCCCCCAGCCGAGGCCUCUGUGCCAAGGAAAUUCCUCUUGGCCUCCGUUUGGCUGGUUUGGCCCGCCUUCCCCAGUGACAGUCUGGCUCUUUGGAUUCAAGCUGCCUGGUCAAACUGUGAGGGUCUGCAGAAAGAAGGAAGCAACAGUGCCAGGUUCCAGUGCGUGUUCCAAGUUCCACAUUCCGCCUACAGACGCCCGGCGCCAGAGCAAAGGCUGGCCCUUGGCAGCAGACUGCUCAGAACGUGGAACUCUGGAGACACUCCUGAAACUCUGCCCUAAGUCAAAGGAACCAGAGAGUCCACCAGUUCUCCCUCCACCUCCCUUUCCAGGAGCAGCCAUGGCCCUGAGUGAUGUCAAUGUGCAGAAGCAGAUUAAGCACAUGAUGGCUUUCAUUGAGCAGGAAGCCAAUGAGAAGGCAGAAGAAAUAGAUGCCAAGGCUGAGGAAGAGUUCAACAUUGAGAAAGGACGCCUUGUGCAAACCCAACGACUGAAGAUUAUGGAGUAUUAUGAGAAGAAAGAGAAGCGGAUAGAGCAGCAGAAGAAAAUCCAGAUGUCUACCAUGAGGAAUCAGGCAAGGCUGAAAGUCCUGAGAGCCCGAAACGACCUCAUCUCAGAGUUGCUGAAUGAUGCAAAGCUGAGACUCAGCAGGAUUGUCGCAGACCCAGAAUUUUACCAGGGGCUGCUGGAUAAACUAGUGCUCCAGGGUCUGCUCCGACUGCUGGAGCCUGUGGUGAUUGUGCGCUGCAGGCCACAGGACCUCCUCCUGGUGGAGGCUGCAGUGCAAAAAGCCAUCCCUCAAUACACGACAGUCUCCCACAAACGUGUGGAAGUCCAAGUUGACAGAGAGGUGCAACUGGCUACAGAUGCAGCUGGAGGUGUGGAGGUCUACAGUGGUGAUCAGAGGAUAAUGGUUUCCAAUACUCUGGAAAGUCGACUGGAUCUCUUAUCCUGGCAAAAGAUGCCAGAAAUACGAAAGGCCUUGUUUGGAGCCAGUGCCAACAGGAAGUUCUUUAUAUAAGCCUCUAGGAAGUGAAGCUCAUGUUGAACUUCUAAGCUAUAAAAGCAUGAGUUAUCAGGACAAAGGAAACCAGUAAUAUCUCCUCCUCUUUUUUGCUCUGGUAUUAGUCUAUCUUCAUGAAAUACCCUUUGACUAGC